CACAGUGGCAGAGCUCUGUGACUCCACCAAUCAGGCGCAAGGUAAAGGCGUUCCUCUUCCUCUCCCUGCUCAGCUUCGCUACAACCUCAUUCAACGAGGUCUUUCCUCUCUGGAGCCUCACUGACUGGAGGUUUGGAGGGCUCAGCUUCGGCACGAACCAAGUUGCCAUGGCCCAAACCUGCGCAGGAAUAUGCUCUGUGAUUUUCCAGCUGUACGUGUAUGCGCCUCUUGUCAACAGAGUGGGUGCCCGGGGAGCCGUUCAGGUGGCGCUGUCAGGCGGAUUCGUUAUAGUCACAUGGCUUCCCUUCAUCCGCAUGUUUGGCCAUGGCAGUGGCGCCACUGUCAUCGCUGCUUGCCUUUCUCUCGCCCUGCGAAGUUUUGCGCAGUGUGUGUUCACAUCAGCGCCUACAGAGCAGGAAGCGGUGGUGCCGCCAACGGUCAAGUUCAUUAUCGGCAACGAGUUCUGCGAGAGAUUCUCGUUCUACGGCAUGCGAGCGAUCCUGGCGAUGUACCUGAACGAGAGAUUAAAGCUGUCGCAGGCAACGGCGACGGAGAUGGUGCAUCUCUUCAUCGUCGCCGCGUACCUCGCUCCCCUGUUUGGCGCGUUCAUCAGCGAUAGCUACCUGGGCAAGUACCGGACCAUCCUGUACCUCUCCUUCAUCUACUGCGCCGGCAACUGGCUCGUCGCCUUCUCCGCGCUUCACACCACGCCGUCCGCUGCGCUCCCGUGGGCCGUCGCGGGGCUGACCUGCCUCGCGCUGGGCAGCGGCGGCAUCAAGCCGUGCGUGUCGUCGUUCGGCGGCGAUCAGAUCGAGAUGACCAACCCUCCCGGCGCGGCUCGGGACCGCCUGGUUCGGCAGUUCUUCUCGUAUUUCUACUUCGCGAUCAACGUCGGGUCGGGGAUCUCGACGAUCGUCACGCCGCUGUUGCGCGUUAAUUUCUCGUAUAGCGCCGCGUUCGCGCUGCCGGCCGUGCUGAUGAUGGUUGCCACGUGUCUCUUCUGGCUCGGCAGCGGGAGUUACGUGCACCAGCCGCCCGCGGGAAACGUGGUGUCGGAAGUCCUCUCGAUAAUCAUCUCCGCUUUAUGGCCGGGGAAAGCGCGGCGGAAAUCCUACCCCACCCUGGCCAUGCCCAUGCCCAUGCCCAUGCCAAUCCCGGAACGCCACGCCAGCUGCGCUGACGUGGACAGCUCCCCGCUCCUCUCCAGCAGCCCCGCGUCGUUUGGCGCGGGCAGGGGAGGCAGCUUCCAAUCGGGGAGCCCGCUGCUAGGCGGCCAGUCCGAAUCAUUUCAGACUCAGACUCAGAGUCAGCAGCGGAAAGGCAGCCAGCCGACGCUGCAGAAGAAGCUUUCAAAGCGGGGUAGCAAGCGGGCCAUAGUGCCGGUGGGGUUUGUUCCCAAGGCGCACUGGCUGGAUCCCGCCAAGGGCGCGCACGGGGAGGAGGCGGUGGAGGACGUGAAGCUGCUGCUGCGCGUGCUGGCGCUGUUCGCCCCCGUGCCCAUCUUCUGGUCGCUCUUCGACCAGCAGGCCAGCCGCUGGGUCUUCCAGGCGGAGCGCAUGGACGGGCGCAUCUGGGGGAUCACGACCAUGAAUGCAGCGCUCAUUCUGGUGAUGAUACCGCUAUUUGAUCAGGUGAUUUAUCCUUCGUGCGAGCGCCUGGGCGUGUCCAUCCGCCCCAUCCGCCGCAUGGCCACCGGCAUGACCCUCGGCGCCCUCAGCUUCGCGCUCUCCGGCCUCCUCCAGAUUUGGAUCGAGGCUCGGGCCAAGUCUGGCUCACCGAGCCUGCUACUAGGCUCGGCAGUGACCGCUGCUGUUGCAGGGGUGGGGAGUGUGGGCGCAGGGGAUGGAGCUGGUAGGGUGCUACUGGACAUGAUUGGGGGUAACAUGACAGCAAGUGUUAGCAGUUUUGGCGGCAUGAGUGGUAUGAGUAGCAAUGCCAGCAUGAUGAGCAAUAUGAGUGGUAUUGCUGGUCCAAUUGUGGCUGGUCCCACGAUGGACGGAUGGGGGGGUGACCUGGUGGCAAUGGGAGCGGCAACAGCAGCAGCAGUGGGUACAGCAGGAACAGCAGCAGUGGAAGCAAUGGGAGGCCUAGCAGCAGCAGCAGCGGGGGCAGCUGGAAACAGCAGCAGGCAUGUGCUGCAAGCGUGUGGGGACCCGGGCAGCCCGCCAUGUGUGUCACUGGCAUGGCAGGUGCCACAGUAUGUGAUCAUGACAGCGGGGGAGAUCCUCUUCAGCAUCACAGGCCUUGAACUCGCUUACUCUCAGGCCCCCGCCAGCAUGACUGCUGUUGUCACUGCUUUUUGGUGCCUCACUGUGGCUGGAGGUAGGGAGUGUGUUGUCUUCACUGCCGUGUGCCGGAUUCACUGUCAUGUGCCUGCUCUCCACCACUCUGCUGCCCCACUCAUCGUGUUCCGCAUCCCUCCUUCUCAUCUCUUUCCUCCCGCUCCAGGCAAUCUCUUCACGGCGGUGGUGGUGGGGACUGUCGGCUCACACCUCUCUCAAACGCAAGAGUUUUUCUUCUUCACCAUCAUGUGCCUCAUCUCCACUGCUCUACUACUCUAUGUCGGCAAGGGCUUCAUCUAUGUAGAGAGCUGCCAGGACUUUGAGCAACCUGACCCCUUCUCGCAGGGUGGUGCUGGUGGGUUUGGUGCAGUUGGUGGGAGUGGUGAGGGGCAUAGUGCCCCAGUGGCUGUGCCUGGUGGGUCGGGCGUGCGGCACGAUGCGCUGUUUGAUAUUGAAGGGGCGGGGAGCGUGAAUUCGCCGCCUGCUUCGUACACUGACACGCCUACAUGA